AGCCUUCGGUAGGGGGGCGGUGUUCCCGGUCAGUCCACGCCCCUGAGACUCGGAGCUGCACGCUGAGGAUCCGGGAAGGCUGUUGACCGCAGACGAAGAGGAGCACGCUCUCCACAGCCUCCUUCAUCGCAUGAGAGCGCACGGUGCGCAUCCACGCUGAAACGCACGAACUCCAAACUGUGAGGGAAAUUCAACAAGAAAGAAAAGACGAUUGAACAACUGGUGACAUGAACAGAAAAAACCUGCUUCAUCGGAGUCCACCGGAUAGAUCUGACAGGCACCAUGAUUCCUGUGAUGGAAUUCCGGCAGUUCUCUGAGCAGCAGCCCGCGUUCAGAGUCUUGAAGCCGUGGUGGGACGUCUUCACCGACUACCUGUCUGUAAUCAUGCUCAUGAUCGGCGUCUUCGGAUGCACCCUGCAGGUAAUGCAAGACAAAAUUAUUUGCCUUCCUCAGAGAACAUCACCCCCGAAUGGCAGUGCAGUGGAGCUGAAGUCACUGUUGCUCAUGCAACCCAACACCUCAUCGGGGCUUAGAGAAAUGUCUGGCCUAAAAACGAAUCUGGAUAUUCAGCAAUACACGUUUAUCAAUCAGAUGUGCUAUGAGAAGGCUCUGCAUUGGUAUGCCAAGUACUUUCCUUAUUUGGUUCUCAUACACACGCUUGUUUUCAUGGUGUGCAGCAACUUCUGGUUCAAAUUCCCGGGCUCCAGCUCUAAAAUAGAGCAUUUCAUCUCAAUGCUUGGGAAAUGCUUUGAUUCUCCCUGGACCACACGAGCUUUGUCCGAGGUGUCUGGGGAAAAUCCAGAGGAGAAGGAGCAGAAGAAGAGUGGGACGUCUCGGUCCAGCAGUGUUGUUUCACCCGGGGAGGUCAUUCUAGAGAGGACACAGUCCUUACGGUCCAUCCCUGAAAAGAUAGUAGUUGACCAGCCGGCAGCAAGUGUCCUCGAUAAGAAAGAGGGCGAACAAGCAAAAGCUCUGUUUGAAAAAGUGAAGAAGUUUCGACUGCAUGUGGAAGAAGGGGACCUUCUCUAUCUGAUGUAUGUGCGGCAGACGGUAUUCAAGGUGGUCAAGUUCCUCGUGAUCAUUGCCUAUAACAGCUCUCUGGUGAAUAAAGUUCGUAACAGAGUUCGUUGCGAAGUUGAGAUCCAAGACAUGACGGGCUAUAAGAAUUUUGAAUGUAAUCACACCAUGGCUCAUCUGUUUUCUAAGCUGUCUUACUGUUAUCUGUGUUUGGUGGCUGUCUAUGGACUAACAAGCCUGUACACCUCCUACUGGCUGUUUUACCGCUCAUUGAAGGAAUACUCCUUUGAGUAUGUCCGUCAGGAAACUGGCAUAAAUGACAUCCCAGACGUCAAAAAUGACUUUGCUUUCAUGCUGCACAUGAUAGACCAGUAUGACCCGCUCUACUCCAAACGGUUUGCAGUCUUUCUCUCUGAGGUCAGUGAGAACAAGCUGAAGCAGCUCAACCUUAACCACGAAUGGACUGCAGAGAAACUGCGUCAAAAGCUCCAGCUGAAUGCCGCCAAUAGACUUGAACUUCAGCUGUUCAUGCUCCCCGGUUUGCCCGAUACGGUUUUUGAGCUAACAGAGCUGCAGUCACUCCGGCUUGAGAUCAUCAACAACAUCACCAUCCCUGCCUCGGUGUCUCAGCUGGAAGACCUCCAGGAGCUCUCUCUGUACCAGUGCUCUCUGAAGCUACACACCACGGCCACCUCCUUCCUCAAAGGGAACCUGAAAGUACUCCGUGUGAAAUUUGAUGACAACAGAGAACUUCCACACUGGAUGUAUGGUUUGCGCAACUUAGAGGAGCUCUACCUCACUGGGUCCCUCAGCUCUGAUGCCUCCAGGAAUGUGGUUCUUGAGUCUCUGCGUGAGUUGAAGUCUCUAAAAACACUAUCCCUCAGGAGCAAUUUGACAAAGAUUCCCCAAUCAAUUGUGGACGUGUCGAGUCAUCUGAAGCGACUGUAUUUACACAAUGAUGGCACUAAACUAGUGAUGCUCAACAACCUGAAGAAGAUGACCAAUCUGAUUGAUCUGGAGCUGGUGCAUUGUGAUCUGGAGCGCAUUCCACAUGCAAUCUUCAGCUUGACAAGUCUGCAGGAAAUUGACCUGAAAGAGAAUAACCUUCGCUCUAUAGAGGAGAUAGUCAGCUUCCAGCAUCUUCGAAAGCUUACCUGCCUCAAGCUGUGGUACAACAGCAUCAUGUACAUCCCAGAACACAUCAAAAAACUAGGCAGCCUGGAGCGCCUCUACUUCAGCCACAACAAGAUUGAGAUACUGCCCUCUCACUUGUUCUUGUGCAACAAACUGCGCUACUUGGAUCUCUCCGACAAUGACAUCCGAUUCAUCCCCCCAGAAAUCGGAGUUCUGCAGAGCCUGCAGUACUUCUCUGUCACUUGUAACAAAAUUGAAAAUCUACCAGACGAACUCUUCUUCUGCAAAAAACUCAAAACAUUGAAGCUGGGCAAAAACUCGCUGUCUGUACUGUCCCCAAAAAUUUCCUAUUUAGCUCUGCUGACCUACUUGGAACUCAGAGGGAACCACUUUGAGGUUCUGCCGCAGGAGCUUGGUAGCUGUUCUGCUCUGAAGCGAAGUGGCCUUAUUGUGGAGGACAUUCUGUUUGAAACUCUGCCUUCAGAUGUCAGGGACCAAAUGAAGGCAGAGUGAGAGGCCUUACUGUAGCCGCAGUGCCUACGUUUGUUUCUUCCAUUUCUUUUUAUGAAGUCAGGACAACAUUCUGGUUGAACGCAGCUUUAAUUUCUCUAAAAAAGGAACACUUGUCUUCAUUGUCAUACUUUGUUUGACAGCAGCAGGAAUUUUUCAUCUAGUUCUAAAUCCAUCUUGACAGUAUAGUUCAGCAUUUUGAGAAUUUAAUGUAUGCUGCUUGGAUUUCUGUUGCAAAUUUCAGGAAAAUUCAAAAAGAUCUUGACAUUUACAAUAAUACUAAAGCAAUACUUGUAUCGGUAAAGUUUUGCAUCUAAUAGUGUUUUUUUGCAUCGACUGACAUGAACAUGUCUGCAGAUAUUCCUGCAGGUUUAGAUCGCCUUUGAUCUACAAAGAUUGUGAAGGCAUCGGUGCUUCUGCAGUAAACGUCAGCAGGGCCGUGUGCUUUUAAGGUCUAUUAAAAUCUCAAAGAUGAAAAGAUUUCUGUUUUCAGUGCUUGUACAGCAGCACUUUAGUGUGCUGGGUAACAACUCCAAUGCCUAAAUGUGUUGUUGUUGACUAAAAACGCGUCUUGCUGUUUUCCUACAUAACUGAAAACAACUGUUGUUUUAACAUCCACAGUUCAGAUAUCGACAGAAAUCCAUAAUCCUGCAUCCCUGCUGAAAUCCUUACCUACACACUAAACAGGCUUUAGCUCCUCCCUCACAAUGUCUUUUUAACCUUUUGGUCUAUUUCUGUUGUUGUAAAAUGUCUCUAAUGAUCAUAUCUUCCAUAAAAAAAGCUAAAUAUUCGGAGCACUUCGUGUAAAAUUUUGCUUUAUUCUGUCAGUUCUGUUUUAAAGGAGGGAUUUAAAAUGUGCUAUUUAUGUAUCAAUUUUAUCUUCUUUUCUUCAGUAGACUGUUAAAAGACACCAAAGGGCAUAUCUUAUAUAAUACAAUGUAAAAACGUGUUUAAAGAUCUGUACUGCAUUUCAAAGUGCAUUAAACCGAAAAAAUGA